UCUUCCGUGGAACUAUUUUUCAUGGGUGUUCCGCAAAUUUUUGAAUUGAAUCUCUUUUCCCCAUGAUUUCGUGUUCUGAUUUUGUGGGCCAUGAAAUGUAUAUAUCUAUCUCGUGAAUUUCAUUGAAGGAGAGAGCGGUUUUCGUCUUGUUUAGGUGAUGGGUAUUGCGAAUUUUUCACAAAGGAGGAAGCUUGGGAGGGUUUUGGAUGGUGGGUCUUGUUGAUUGAGUUGGAUCAGUGACUGGAGUUUUGCCUGUGUAUAUUGGUUCUAGGUUCUUUUUUUUUUUUUUUUUGCUUUGGAGAAUUUCGUAUCAUAGAUUGUAGAAGCGGAUGAUGGAUAAGCAAGAAUCGUCCUCGUGCUUGCACUAGAAUAAUUGAAGAUUUUUUUUUUAAUUGUGUUUGGUGUUGGGAGCAGAAGAGUAUUUGAUUAUAGUUUUCAUGAGGCUGAGCUUGUGUUGUGAAUUAUAUGACUGAUGAUGACUAUUGACUAGUGCUGUUUGUGGUUGAUACUUUGCAUUAUACAUUGGUUGGGAAUAUUUGGCUAUUUUCAUCAACUUUGUGGAGAGGAAUUAUUGGGUUGAGAGAACAAAAUGAGCUUUGAAGGUGAAGAUCAGAGCUUGUUAGAUCAGGCAACUGAUCAAGGAUUGCAAAAGAAGUUAAAAAUUUCAUACACAAGGGAAUUUUUGCUAUCGCUAAGUGGAUUGGAUAUAUGCCAAGAGUUGCCUAAUGGGUUUGAUCGAUCACUUUUAAGUGAAUUUGAAGAUGCUUCUCAAGAUCGGCAGAGAAGUACAGGUGGUUUGUCAAUGCAUAGUUUUAGUCGACGAAGUGAAUAUGGUUCAUCUCCUCCCACUCGAGGGGAUAGCUUUUCGCGGGGAAUACAUGGAAAAUGGGAAACUCGAUCUUCUGGACGAUCUGAUAAAGACAGUGAUUCUCAAUCUGAAUGGGAUUCAGAUUCUGGAAAACGUCUUGGCAACCAGUCUCGCAAAUCUUGGCAAGGUCCUGAGCAUGAUGGGCUUCUAGGUAGUGGUUCUUUUCCACGCCCCUCUGGGUAUACCCCUGGGUUGUCUGCUCCAAAAUUUCGGGCUAAUGAUAACCACCAGCUAAAUCGGUCCAAUGAGCCUUAUCAUCCUCCUCGCCCUUAUAAGGCACCUCAUUCACGUCGGGAGACUAAUGACUCUUAUAAUGAUGAAACAUUUGGUUCUUUGGAGUAUACAAGUGAAGACAGGGCUGAAGAGGAAAGAAAAAGAAGAGCUUCUUUUGAAUUGAUGAGAAAGGAACAGCAGAAAACUUUCCAAGAAAAGCAUAAGUUGAAUCCCGGCAAGAAUAAAGAUGAUUUUGACAUAACUUCACUUGUUGACGAUGAUGAGAAAAAGAUAGUCAGUAAGAGCAAUGAGUCUGUGGAGCCUCCUACACUGGCAGCUUUAAGCCAUGAUGAGAAGUCUUCUGUUUCACAGACUCCUUCAGCAGCAAGACCACUUGUACCUCCUGGUUUUGCAAGUACAAAGAUGGAACGGAAUUUGACAACCAAAACACCCUUUAACACUCAUGCAGCAGAGGUUGGACAACUGGCACCUGGUGAUACCAAAGGUAACCAUGUAUUUAAUAUAAAUUCUGACAAUAAAGAAGGACAAUUAUUAACCAAGCAAGCAGAUAAUGAUCAACAGAAUCUUCAAAUUACAAAUACAAAUGUUUCAAUUAACCAUGAGAAAGAAAACAUUUUAAAUUUAUCAUCGGUUUUGGAUAUUCCCAAAAUUAAAAUCGGAAUGGGUGAUCAAUUGAGGAAGAGAUCUGCUCUUUCAGAAGUCUUGGAAGCAUCAGAUGACAAUGAAUUUAUUCAACUUAAUGCUGAAGUGAAAGGAAAGGAGGCCGUGGGAGCUUUCAUUCCAGACAAUUCAAAUUCUAUCCUAUUCAAGCUUUUUGGUAAUGCUUCAACACUAGACAGUGACAAAUCUACUAGUAUUGUUGAGCAGCCUGACCAUAAAGCAGAUGAGACAUGGAGUCCACAUGCCUUCCAAUCAUCCAAGUUUGCUCAUUGGUUUGUUGAAGAAGAAAAAAAGCCAGUGGAUGAUAUGACACAGAGGCCAAAUGACUUGCUCUCACUUAUUGUUGGUGGUGAAAAAGGGGGAUUGCAGACUUCUAAUGUAGAAACAUCUUACCUAAAUCCUGAACCAACUAGUGAGCAUAUGACAUCAAAUGCAGCACAUACCACCAUUGACAACUCUGAGCAAUUGUACAAGAGUGAUAAACCAGAGGUUUUACCAGCAGUUCUUACAUGUGAAGAUCUAGAACAGUCAAUUUUAUCACAAGUUAGCGAAAAUGGUUCAUCACGUCAGCAGCCCAUUCAGGAUAAGGAUUUUGAUGCAAAAACUGAACUGUCAAAUUCAAUUGAUAAUCAUGCAUCCCAACACCUCCUUUCUUUGUUACAGAAAGGAACCUCACAUAAUGAUAUGGAACUAUCGUCUAUUUUAGAUCCAAUUGACAAGGUGCCUAACAUUGAAGGAGUCACUACUGGAAACGAUCUUGAUAAUCCUGGAGAAGCAAAUGCAGAUGUUUCCAAUUCAUCAAAGACAUUGACACUAGAAACACUUUUUGGGUCAGCUUUUAUGAAGGAGCUGCAGUCAGUUGGAGCACCCCUUUCUGUUCAAAGGGGUUCAGUUGGAUCUGCAGGGGCUGAUGUUUCAGAGUCUCUUUUGUUUCCUUUCCCUAUGUCAGACAAUGUUCACCCUCCUACAGGUGAACUUACCCUGAACAGGCAUGGAAGUGGUGUCCUGCCAUCGGAACAAACAAAUCAACCUAAACCUAAUAGAUUUGAAGAGCAGUGGUUGGGCUAUGGUGAUUCUCAGGGAGAUGUUAAUUCGUCAUUACUUCAGAGUGAACUUUCCAAGGCUAGUGGUUUCAAUGGGUGUCGUGAUAUUCACCUUCCAGAAGAUGAUAACUUGAUUGCAGCCAGUGAUCCUCUGCAAAACUUUUUAUCUGCUGGAAAUUCAGUUAAAACAGAUUUGUCCCAAGACACAACUGUUGACAUUACUAGAAAACUGGCAGCUCUGAAUUCUGCAUUCAGAGAUGAACGAAUGAUUACAAGAAAUCAAGAAGGCCUAGCAUACCCCCAUGGUCCUUUUGAUGUGAGGGAACCUGGUAUUCCAUAUCAGAAUCUUAAUAAUGCCCAACGACAGCUCCACCCUCAGUUGAAUCACGGUGGUCCAAUGUUUAAUCAAAUGGAUUCUCAUCAUCCUCAUAUUAGUUCUUAUAUGAAGCUUCCAACUCCUGAGGGCAUGGUUCAUCAUGAUUCACCACCAAAUCAUCAAUUUCCAGGAAAUAUGCUUCGUCCUCCUUUCCAUCAACCAAGCAGUGGGCUAUCUGGGUUUGAUCCUCCUGUUCAUCAUUCUAUGUUACAACAGAUGCAUAUGCAGGGGAACCUUCCUCCACCUCAUUUAUUACGUGGAUUCCCCCCAAGGGGUGCACCUAUGCCAGCUCACCCCAACAAUCCAAUGUCAGGUUUCAUGCAGGAACCAAACCCAAUGCAAGGCUUCCCAUUUAGUGGUCAUCAGCAUCCUACUUUUGGUGGCCCUGGAAUGCAAUUACAAGGUCCUGAUGUUGGUGGUGGAAGAAAUCAUCCGGAAGCACUUCAGAGGCUUUUUGAGAUGGAGCUGAGGUCAAACCCAAAGCCAAUCCAUGCUUCAGGUCACAGCCAGGGUGGGAUGUAUGGACAAGAGCUAGACUUGGGUUUUGGGUAUAGAUAGUGAAAUGUCAUUGUUGAUGUGUAUACUAGAUUGUGUCCAUCUAAUGUUGUGCUGAUCUAUACCUCCUGCAUGAAAGAUGGGUUUCAUAUGAUGCUUUUCUUUGGAAAAAUUAGCUUCUGUAAUUAAUGAAUUUUCAUCAAUUUGCAUUUUGCCAAGGAUUUCAAUUUGC